AUGUAUGUUGACUCCGAUCCUAGAGAUAAACAACUUCAUGAACACGAACAUUCAGCCGAUGACCCUUGCAUGCCUAAUCCCUGCCAGAAUGGCGAACAGUGCAUGCUACAAGGCAACACGUAUGACUGUAUGUGCCAAAAUGGCGCAACGGGCAACAACUGUCAAAACGCUAAUGCAAACACCACGACGAUCAAUACUGUUGUUGUCAUUGUCGUUGUCGUCGUCUUGAUUGUCGUGCUGGUCAUUGUCGUGGUUUGCUUCGUCAAGAGGUCACGGCGCAGGCGUAGAGGCGGCCGGCCGUCUGCUGUUGAUAGAGGGCGUGGACAGGAGCUCAUUCAAAAGAAAUUGUCGAAUGUUUAUUGGAUUGACACUCUUCAAGCAUCGGCAUCGGAGUUCAGUGGACCAGCCAAGGAGUUCCCGCGGGACAAACUGCACAUCCUCGGCCAGUUAGGCAGCGGCUCGUUUGCUGUGGUCUACAAGGCCGAGGCAGAGGGAAUCAUCCGUAGGGGAACCAAUACGACGGUGGCCGUGAAGAUGUUGAAAGAAUCUGCUACACCCAACGAUCAGAGUGAUUUCAAGAAAGAGUUGCAAGUGUAUGCCAUGUUGGACCGACAUCCUAAUGUCCUGUCUAUGCUCGGAUACUGCACUGAUAAAGACCCGAUGUACAUAAUCCUGGAGUACGUUCCCCAUGGAGACCUGCAGACCUACCUGCGACACAUUCGGACGGGCACCGAACCCUUCUACCUGAAGAAGGGAGAGUUCAAGGAGAAGAAGGACCUGACACCGACGGAGAUCCUGACUUUCGCAUCUCAGGUGGUCAGGGGGAUGGAGUACCUAGCAUCAAAACAGUGCAUCCACAGGGACUUGGCGACCCGUAACAUCCUCCUUGGCAAGGAAAUGGUAUGCAAGGUGUCCGACUUUGGACUGGCUCGAGAAGUGGCCGAGAAAAGCCAAUACGAAAUGAAAUCACAGGGCAAAAUACCGGUUCGUUGGAUGGCACCUGAGUCACUGCUUAGUAAUAUGUACACGAGCAAGAGUGACGUAUGGUCUUUUGGUGUUCUUCUGUGGGAACUCGUUACGUUAGGAUCGCAUCCAUAUCCCGGCAUGUCAUCGCAGAAGGUCAUCGAUGAAAUAAAGCAGGGCUACCGACUACCCAAACCAGAGCAUUGUAGCGACGACAUAUACCAGAUAAUGAAGGACUGCUGGCAGGAGAAACCUGAAGACAGGCCGGAUUUCGCUGGUCUUCACACCACCAUAGACGACAUCCUUGCAGAUGCAGCGGGUUAUCUCGAGAUGGGAAAUCUUAAUCCAGAAGAUUACGUGUACCUGAAACCUGGCCAAGGUUCGAACAGCAUCACUUGCUCACUCACACGUUCGGCAACAGGCAGCAUCGAGUGAGUGAUCGCGUACAAUCACUACAAGCGUCACAGCUGUGCAAAAGACUGCAGGUUCAGUGUUUAUUGCACUAAAGCAAGUUCGAGCGAGAAUCGUCGUUAACCAUAGUUCAACUGUCUUUCUCAGAUGUACCUUAGGCCUGGAAUAGUUUAACUUCUAGAGCCGACUAUUGGCAACCCGACCCCGAGCUGGUUCUCGCGUUUGUUCUGAUUUCUACGCUAUAUGUACAUAACGGUCGAGAUCUGUUAAGUUGCAGGACCAGAUAAAUUGCCGAGUGUAUUAGGCAAUUAUUAAUCCUCAUAUUUUUUUUAGGAAGGGAGAAGCUCAUUAAAUGGAUUGUCUUAGCAGAGCCGAUCAAUUUACAUUAACUUCGAGAUAUAUAAUUUUCUUUGGUGAUGUGCUUAGCCGGUUUUAAAAAGUAUGUUUAAGACCGCUUUAAAGUCUAUAUGGAUGUUGAUUUGUAUCAACUAUUUCGAACAUUGGUCUAAAUUCUUGACAAAAUUGACGGUAACUGCUUGGUUGUACCGAUGGAUGUAUGUAACAUAUCGUGAAAUCAUCUGUACUUUGUAUCAGUGUAUAUAUAUUUUUUCGAAUUACGAACUAAACUUGCAGGUAUUGAAAUACCUAAAUCUACGUUCAUCGAGUGA